AUUCAUUCCAGCCAAACACAGCGCAACAAAAAGGCACAAGCGCACAACAACAAACCCACGUGCAACGCCAUCACCGCAAGCCAGCCGCACAGCACACGCACAGCCGUCAGUCACCAUGUCGGGUCUCAAGGUCUUUGAGGCCAACGAUGUCAAGGUGUACAACUUGACAGCGGGGAGAGAUGUUCCCAUGUGGCUCUCCGAGCGCAAGCGCAGGCAGCUGCUGAAAAAGGAUCCAGAGCUCAAGCGUCGAGUGGAGUUGAUCCAAGACUUUGACUUUCCGACCGCGUGUGACGCGAUUACCAUCUCGCCAGACCAGCAAUACGUGUUGGCCUGUGGCACCUACAAGCCGCGCGUCCGGUGUUUCGAGCUUUCUCAAAUGUCCAUGAAGUUUGAACGACACAUCAACUGCGAAGCACACAAACUCCUCAUGCUGUCGGAGGACUACACCAAGUUUGCGAUGCUUCUUGCCGACCGCUACAUUGAGCUUCACGCCGCGGGCGGUGUGCACUACAGGACGCGCAUCCCCAACUAUGGGCGGGACCUCGCCUACUUCAAGCCCACAGCAGACUUGCUGGUCGCUGGCCUGAACAACGUGUAUGCGCUGAACCUUGCCGAGGGCCGCUUCAAGGAGCCGCUGUCGUGCCCGCGAACGUCAUUCACCAGUCUUGACCUCAACCCAGUCAACGGUCUCCUUGCCGCAGGCACCGCACAGGCUGCGGUGAAGUGCUUUGACCCGCGCACAGCCAACACGGCCAUUGCGUCGCUCGAUGUCAUGCGUGGCAUCCCGCCCUCAACCCAGCGCAGAAUAAAGGGCAUUCCGGAGAUAACGACGCUGCAGUUCCUGCGCAACGGGCUCGGGCUCGCUGUCGGCACCGCAUCGGGGCAGGUCCUCGUCUACGAUAUCCGAAGCACAAAGCCGAUGGUGGUCAAGGACCACAACUACGGCCUGCCCAUUACAUACAUCAAUGAACACGACAUCUCAGAUAAUAUGAUGACCGUUGAUCGCAAGGGUGUCAAAUUCUGGAACAAGGAGACGGGCAAGAACUACCUUGCGUUUGAGGCUGAUGCGGACAUCAACUGCGCGGCCAUGUUCCCCAACUCGGGCCUGUUCUUCCUGGGCGGCGAGGAGUCCAAGGUCAUGUCGUACUUCAUCCCCGCGCUCGGUCCUGCCCCGAAGUGGUGCGGGUACCUCGACACGGUUGCCGACGAGCUGGACGAAGACGAGCAGCCGGUCGUGUACGACGACUACAAGUUUGUCACCCGCGAGGACCUUGGCCGCCUUGGGCUGACGGACCUGAUUGGCACGGGCGUCCUGCGUGCACACAUGCACGGGUUCUUCGUUGACGCGCGGCUCUACAACGAAGCCGUGGAGGCCCUCAACCCCUUUGCACAUGAGGAGUACAGGCAACAGCGGAUCAAGGAGCAGCUUGAGAAGGGGACGGCCUCGCGGCUGCAGAUGGAGAAGCUGCGGUGGAAGCUGCCCAAGGUCAACCGCCUGCUCGCCAAGAAGAUGAUGGCCCUCGAGGGCAUCAAGGCUGAGAAGAUGCAGGAGGAGAUGAAGGAGGCCGCUCUCGGUGAGCUGGCGCAGGGCCAGGCCAGCAGCGCGGCCGGCGGUGAUGCGGACGCUAACACAUCAUCAGCAACGGAAGCAACAGCAGCGGCAGCGGCGGGGAAGAAGAAGAGCACCAUGUCGGUGGAUGACCUGAUUGACCCGCGGUUUGGCGCCAUCUUCACCGACCCCGAGUUUGAGGUGGACGAGGCUGCGGAGGAGUACCGGGCGUGGCGGCCAAACCGGCACCUGGCUGCAGAGGUGAACAGGCGCGCAGACGGCAUUGGCGCGUAUGACGACGACGAUGACGAGGACUCUGGGCCCGAGGGGCGCGGCAGUGAUGAUGAGGAGGAGGAAGCCGCGCUCAUGCAGGACCUGCUUGGUGUGCAGCCUGAUCACGACGAUGACGACAAUGAGGAUGAUGGCGAUGACGAUGGGUACGGUGGUCGCUCGCGGCGGGGCAGGAAGCAGCGGGGCAAGGCGAUGCGGACGGGGCGUGACGGCGGGCCACGCCUGCAGGAGGACCAGGGCGACGUGGACAUUCGGCCCAUGCAGACAUCGGCCAUGAGCGCGGCCCGCAAGGAGGCCAAGUCAACGACGUUUGCCAAGCUGCUUGAGGCGACGGCCGGCGCGGAGGAUGACGAGGACAUGGGGCGCAGAACGCGCCGGGUUGCUGGCGGCAAAGUGGCGCACAUUUCCAUGCGCAAGGCCGGGAAGAAAACGGGCGAGAAGUCGGCACAGCAGAAGCGGGAGGAAGAGGUGGAGCGCAGGCAGGGCAAGCGUGGCAUUCGAAGCUUGGGGCUGCGCAAGCCUAGCACAGUCGCUUACUGGCGUGGUCGCAAGGUGCGCAAGUAAAGCGCGCGCUCUCGUGUGUGUGUGCGUGUGCGUGUGUGUGUGUGUGUGUGCGUGUGUGUGUUUGUGUGUGCGUGUGUGUUUGUGUGUGCGUGUGUGUGCGUGUGUGCGCGCGUGUGUGUGUGUGUGUGAGGUUGUCGCUGUCGCUCUUUCGCGUGUCAGUGCGUUUGUGUAUGUGUGGUUUCUUGGUUACACAGUACUCAAGUACACGAUCAGCAAUUGCC